CGCUCACAACACGAAGAGAGACACAUGCACCAGGAAUCAAUUAGCGGUCAGCGUCAGCCAUGGCCGGCCUGCCUCGCCUCGUCGUGCUCCUGCUCCUCGUCUUCGCCGUCCCUGUCGCCCAGCCCACCCCCUACAGCGACAACCUCCAGGACGCGUGCAACAAGACGCUGUUCCCUAAAGUGUGCAUCCAGUCGCUGACGACCAACCCGGAGACCCGGACAGCGGACGCGCGCCGGCUGGCCGAGCUGUCCGUGUACGUGGCCAAGGAGGUAGGCACCACGGUGGCAGCGUUCGCUCACCACGAGCUCAGCGGCGUCAAGGAGGACACCCUGUUCAAGUGCCUCGACGGCUGCUCCGACGACAUUGAAGAGACGGUGGCGCACCUGAGCGCCCUCACCCGCGAGCCCACCUGCGCCAAGUUCCUCGAGAUCAAGUCGUGGCUGUCCGCGACGCUGGGCGGCUCCAACACCUGUGAGGAGACCUGCAAGGACGCGCCCAUCAGCGACGUCAAGAACGCCGUCGUAACCAAGAGCCUCGAGUUCGAGAAGCUGCUCCGCGUCACGCUCGACCUCAUCACCGAGGCGUCUGGCCCCAUGCCCGCCGCCGGCGCCGCGGUGGCGCCCACGGCGUGGGACAGCGGCGCUCCAGGAUCCUACGGCGCCAGCACGUCGGGCUCCUACGGCUCCAGCGCACCUGAGUCGUUCGACAGUGCCAGCGCGUCGGGCUCCUACGGCUCCAGCGCGUCGGGCUCCUACAGCUCCAGCGCACCUGAGUCGUUCGACAGUGCCAGCGCGUCGGGCUCCUACGGCUCCAGCGCACCUGAGUCGUCCGACAGUGCCAGCGCGUCGGGCUCCUACGGCUCCAGCGCAUCGGCAUCCGAAGCACCAUCCACUGAUGCGUCGGCGUCCUCGAGCGCACCUACCUCCGAGGCACCGUCAGCUGACGCGUCGGGCUCCUACGGCUCCACCGCAUCGGGCUCCGAAGCACCAUCGGCCGAUGCAUCGGCACCCUCGAACGCACAAACCUCCGACUCAACGUCAGCUGACGCACCGGCCUCCUCCUACGGCGCCUCCAGCGGGCCAGCUGCCGAUGCACCGUCGGCAUCCCCAUCGGACGCGGACGCUCCAUCUUCCGGGGCUGCCGACUCGCCAUCGUCAGGGGCAUCAUACGGGUCUGCCGGCGCACCGUCCCCGUCCGGGUCCGGCGCCAGCGCUCCUGAGGCCGAUUCGACAGCAUGAGAAACGCGCGCCCUGCUGAUGCUUUGGUACCUAGGGUAAACUUUUUGGCUCUAGAUUCUACCCGUCGUCUUGUGCUGCUGUGCGCGAGAGGAUGCUCAUGCUGAUGCACUUAUGGUCUUUAGUCCGUGGUUGGUCGAGAAACCAAGUAGAAUGGAAUGUUAUGGUUCUAUUCAAAGUGUAGUGAGUCAAUUUUGUAUGUUAUUUUUCAUUUAACUAUUCA